AUGGAGAGCGACCCCGGGGUUUUCACUGAGCUCAUAAAAGGCUUCGGCUGCAAAGGAGCACAGGUGGAGGAGAUCUGGAGCAUGGAGCCAGAGAACUUUGAAAACUUAAACCCGGUGCAUGGGCUCAUCUUCCUGUUCAAGUGGCAGGCAGGAGAGGAGCCAGCCGGGUCCAUCGUCCAGGACUCACGACUCGACAGCAUCUUCUUCGCAAAACAAGUGAUAAACAACGCGUGUGCCACUCAGGCCAUUGUCAGCGUCCUCCUCAACUGCUUCCAUCCCGACAUCGAGCUCGGAAACACACUGUCCGAGUUCAGAGAGUUCUCCCAGAGUUUUGACGCCGGUAUGAAGGGUUUGGCUCUGAGUAACUCUGAAGUCAUCCGACAGGUGCACAACGGCUUUGCCAGGCAGCAGAUGUUCGAGUUCGACGCCAAGUCCACGUCUAAAGAUGAGGAUGCGUUUCACUUUGUCAGUUAUGUCCCAGUGAACGGGCGUCUGUACGAGCUGGACGGGCUGCGAGAGGGGCCCAUCGACCUCGGUGUUUGUAACCAGGACGACUGGAUCAGCGCGGUGCACCCGGUCAUCGAGAAGAGAAUACAGAAGUACAGCGAGGGAGAGAUCCGCUUCAACCUCAUGGCUAUCGUCUCAGACAGAAAGAUGAUCUACGAACGCAAGAUCACAGAACUGCAGACGCAACUCACAGAGGAUGAGCCCAUGGACACAGACCAGAGCAGCACCUUCGUCAGCUCAGAAAUCGCCAAAUACCAACUGCUCAUCGAGACGGAGAACCAGAAACUACAGAGAUAUAAGAUCGAAAACAUCCGACGGAAACACAACUACCUCCCGUUCAUCAUGGAGCUGCUGAAGACGCUGGCGGAGUACCAGCAGCUGAUGCCGUUGGUGGAGAAGGCAAAAGAAAAACAAAGUGCCAAAAAAGCACAAGAAGCCAAAUGA